ACCAGCCAGGAACUCAGGUCCUGAUGGACUUUUACAACCAGGUGCUGAGGACGAAACUGAAGACACUUCUGAGACUGAAGAGAGUGAGGAUGAUUGGAUGGAGACCAGGGAAACUCAGACAGGAUUAAAUAGAAGAAAUAACAAACAGCCUCUAAGUGAUAUGGGAUGUAAGACAGAAAAAAAAUCGUUUAGCUGCUCUGAGUGUGGUAAAAGAUUUAUCAAUAGGGGACAUCUAAAUAAACAUAUGAGGACUCAUACAGGAGAGAAGCCGUUUAGUUGCUCUGAGUGUGGUAAAAGAUUUACCGAAAGGGGCAAUCUAAAUGCACAUAUUAGGAUUCAUACAGGUGAGAAAACGUUUAGUUGCUCUGAGUGUGGUAAAAGAUGUAGCCAUAGGGGCAAUCUAAAUACACAUAUGAGGAUUCAUACAGGAGAGAAGCCGUUCAGUUGCUCUGAGUGUGGUAAAAGAUUUACAGAAAGGGGCAAACUAAAUAAACAUAUGAGGAUUCAUACUGGAGAGAAGCCGUUCAGUUGCUCUGAGUGUGGUAAAAUAUUUACCCAAAGGAGCAGUCUAAAUAGACAUGUGAGGAGUCAUACAGGAGAGAAGCCGUUCAGUUGCUCUGAGUGUGGUAAAAGAUUUACAGAAAGGGGCAAACUAAAUAAACAUAUGAGGAUUCAUACUGGAGAGAAGCCGUUCAGUUGCUCUGAGUGUGGUAAAAGAUUUACCCAAAGGAGCAGUCUAAAUAGACAUGUGAGGAGUCAUACAGUAGAUAAACUGUUAAGUUGAUCUGAGUGUGGUAAAAGAUUAAAGAUUCAGUCCUAUUGUACGAAACGUGAGGAUUCAUAAAGGAGAUAAAUGACUCAGUUGCAGCCUUUGCAACAAAAGAGUUAUUAGGGUUUAGCAGAUAUUAAUAUUU